CUGAACCAGUGCGUGCGAUGGAGAAGAAGUGCGUGGAAUAUUUUCAAUUCAUGUCAGGCGUCCAGUGAACUCGACAACCAGUAAAAUUACUCUGAAGGGCCCACCAAAGACUCUGGCAAUUACUUGAUCUGGUGUGCCACAUAAUUGCUGAUAUAUCUCGUUGGAUCAUGCAUCCUUUAGAAGUGUCAAUCCCGUCUUUUCGAUCGGAGGGCAGUAACAUGGAGAAGGGCUACACGGUUUUUAAGAUCGAGGUGCUCAUGUGUGGUAGACAGCACACUGUUGAGAAACGCUACAGUGAAUUUCACGCCCUGCAUAAAAUGCUUAAAAAGAGCAUUAAACCUCCAGAAAUCCCUUCGAAGCAUGUGAGGAACUGGGUGCCUAAGGUUCUUGAGCAGAGGAGACUGGGACUAGAGCUUUACCUCCAGACUAUAAUCAUGGAAAAUGAGGUUCUUCCAAAGAUAUUCUUGGAUUUCCUCAAUAUUCGCCAUUUCCCGUCACUGCCAAAAACUGAGAGUUGUGGAUCAUUUGAAACGGAAUCGGAGGAAUCAAGUAAACUGACACAUCAGCCAGCACUUCUCUUCCUGAGGGAUCCCUAUCUGCUGCCUGUCACCAACGAUACGUUUUCAAAUAUGGUUAUCGAAGGUGUGUUACGUGGAAUAUUUUAUCCAGACUUCCAGCCAAGGUAGAUCUCAGCACUACGGACGACAUCACAUCGAGUUCCCGGAUAAAAAGGGAUUCAUAUUACCAACACUAAACCACGCAGAACCAGUUUAACAGACUCACUCAUUACAGCCUUGAAGAGUGUGGUUUGGUUUCAACACUCCAUCGAAUUUUGUUGUUUGUUUUUGGGUUCUGCAAAUGCAGGAAUUGAUAUUUAGUUUUAGUGAACAUUCAUAUCGACUGCCGAAUCAAGGUUUCAUUUAAUAUGAGAAGUACCUCGGCAAGUAUUUGCACAUCUCUCCUCGUGUCAUAUAUGAGGUCAGACGGAUUUUCUCAUCCACUGACUGCAUGUUUCUCUAGAUGAGGUGACUUAUCAAAUAAGGAAGUUGUUUUGAAGAGCCUUGAAACCUUUUCAUUUGUUAUUGAAUUGUUGUAUGGACGGUAUUUACUUAGUUUGUUUUUGAUGUGGCAAUUUUCGAUUAACAGCCUUGGCUUAUAAUUAGCAAAAAGGGAAGUAAUGGGUGGACCAAGCCAGUGUGUAUAUAUAGGUGUGUUGGACUUGACUGAUCGGUGUGUGACAAAGUACCGCGAGAGCGAUUCAAAAGCAUACGGAGACGUCUUCUCUCUUAUCGC